AUGGGCUCGAUCGUGCAUCUAAAGCCGCUGAAGCUGUACUCGCACAAGCGUGGACCCAACCCGUGGAAGGUUGCCGUGAUUCUUGAGGAGCUUGCCAUCCCAUAUUUCUCGGAAUAUGUGGAGUUUGAGGACACCAAAGUCGAACCCUACAUAUUGCUAAACCCGAAUGGCAAGCUUCCUGUACUGGAGGAUCCCAACCAGGAAAUUGUUCUUUUCGAGAGCGGCGCCAUCAUCGAGUACUUGGUCGACCAGUACGACGUGGAUGGAAAGCUCACUCCCGAAUCUCCCCAGGAGAAGUGGCUGGCACGGUCCUGGCUGCAUCUGCAGAUGUCUGCGCAGGGACCGGCGUGUGGGUACAAGAUCUGGCUGAAUCGUACCUACGCCCCGGAUGCCCUGGUUGCAGCGAAUGAAUUUUUCACCAAGGAGAUACAACGCGUCGUGGGUGUGCUGGAUGGCCAGCUCCAACGCCGCAAGGACCCGUUCCUCCUCGGCCCCAAGAUGUCGUAUGCGGACUUGGCGUUUGUUCCGCACUACCUGAUGCUGUCUCUGUUUGUGCCUGGGUACGACCCGGCUGUCGAGUACCCGCAUUUUGCUGCUUGGCUGGAAAGGAUGAAGGAACAGUCAUCGGUGAAGAAGAUUGUGGCUGCGAAGGAGGCUCUGUUGAAGUAA